AUGUGGAAUAUAACCCAUAAAGAAUCAAACGAAUAUUGCAAACCCUCUAGGAAUCUCAUGCUGACAACUCAUAAGUUGGAUGUGUAGAAGUAAGAAGAUGGUAAAAAGAACCUGCCUAUUCCGUGUUUUAUUUAUCAUGUACCUUUCGGUAAACAUAGAGAUUGUAUCUUCGGACAACAUCCUUGUUCUACCAGGCCCGGGAUACAGUCACCUGAGACCAAUGAAGGGCAUGGUGGACAUUCUCAUUGGUCAGUACAAUCAUAACGUGACCUUUUUAGUCACGGAAACACUCGCAGAACACCCAGGGUUGAAAGACCUCUCGAGCGACAUUGUCACUUAUGACAAGAAGGGGAACAUCUCAAAAGAGAUUGAUAAACUUGUGAAUAUAGCUGUGGAAGGCAGUUUUCAAAAUAAGAGCUUUCUAUCCCUUGGACAGAAGAUGCAAAGCAUAAUGGUCAACAUUACACACCUGUACAUGUCAGACUCUGAUAUUUUCAAGAAACUGGAGGGUCAGCAAUUUAAGACGGUCAUUAUUGAUCCAAUGCUUUCUUUACCAUUCCUUAUUAUUGCACAACAAUUAUCCAUUCCAGAGAUUAUUCAUUGUGCUUCAGGAUUCCUUCCUUACACGAUCUAUAGAAUUCCUUCGGAUUAUCUUGCUAUUCCCGAUUUACCUGUGUUCCCGAUUCCUGAUUCUAAUUCAUUAAUGUCACGUUUACAAAGUACUCUUAUGCGCAUAGGAAUGAUCCUGAUCGGGACAUUUGGCAAAUCGUUAUUCUUUCCCGACGAUGUUGUUCGCAAAUAUCUUUCAGCAUCUAGCAUGGAAGAAUUUUACAAGAAGACGAACUCUUUUAGCUUUUACUUGAUGGAUCAGGACGAAGUUCUAGAUUACCCGAGGCCUUCACUUCCAAAUAUAGCAUUUGUAGGAGGAAUGUCGUUAUCAAAUUCACUGAACCCUCUCCCAACCAAGAUUCAACGCCAUAUUGAUGCUGCUAAGGACGGUGUAGUCAUUGUAACGUUUGGAAGCCUAUCAAUCAUGCCAAAGGAGUUCAAAGAUAUUCUAUUCAAAGCAUUUCAGAAGGUUCCAGAAAUACAUUUUAUUGCAAAAAUAGAUAAGUCCCAAUUUCAGGAAAGGAAUAUUCUAAGUGUUCCUUGGUUACCUCAGUAUGACCUUCUUGCCAACAAAAGAGUCAAGGCAUUCAUAACGCACUGUGGAAACAGUGGGCAAUAUGAAGCACUAUAUCAUGGAGUACCUAUGAUUGCAAUACCGAUUUCUGGUGACCAGGAAUAUAAUGCUGAUAGAAUCGUUAUUAAAUCGUUCGGUGUGAAGCUAAAUCACAACACAUUAACUUCGGAGGCAUUGGAGAGGAGUAUAAGGGAAGUUGUCUACAAUGGGACUUACUCAAAGAAAAUAAAGAUCGCGUCAGAAAUAUACAGAUCAAAACCACUGAACGCAUCUCAGAGAGCGGCAUACUGGGUACAUCACGUGACCGCCUUCGGAAGUUCUCAUCUUCGGUCUUCAUCCCAUGCUCUAUCUGACUACAAAUACUUUGGACUAGACAUUUUUCUUUUAUUAUCCAUCUUAACUCUAUCAAUUAUAUAUUUGAUAAUAUAUAUUUUUAGGGUGCUUUGUCGCCGUUGCAUCAAAGGGAAACUUAAACAAGACUAAUUGUUAGCGUGUAAUCUGAUCUUUGAUUAAAAUGAUUAAUAUACAUGUAUCAUGGGCAGAGGUGGAAGAAACACACCGCUCCCUCCUUUCUUUGAUUCUUUGUAUGUGAUUUGUU